CAUCUCAUUGGUCAGCGAGCUCUACCUGAUGCGCCUACAAGGGACGUGAUUGGUCAAGAACAGCGUCGCUCAAACAAAAAGGCCGUCUUUACGGUUGUCAGUCGCCCUAUAUAGCUUUUUCUCUUUGAAGCCGUGACAAAACAACGCUUUAUUGCCUGUAGCUAGCCGAUGUAGCUGACUGGCUAUUGAUCAGUCAAUGUGAUCGCCUCUGAGAAACGUUGGUUGUGGCCAGUUUUUUGGUCUUGGCAAACCUGGUGUGGGUGAAAACGUGUCUUUGAGCUUCUGUCCUGCGUCGAGAAGGGAGGGAGGGGGGAGAGAAAGAGAGGGAGAGGGAGCGAGAGAGGAGAGGAGGGUCUUCCAUCGAGUCUUUUUAUUUAUUUCUUUGUUUCCAGUUGGGGGGGAGAGAAAAAAUAAUAAUAACAACGAUAGCUAGCUACCCAGCUAGCUGUAUCCUUUAGGGAACUUCCAAUGUCGCCCCGCUCAGCCUGGACGGAGAAGAAGUGGACGCUGUUGCGGUAGUAGGCUGUUGAGAGAAGCCGAAGCGAAGAGGGCAAAAACAGGAGGAUGAAGCGGCGCAAUGCGGACUGCAGCAAACUCCGACGGCCGUUGAAACGGAACCGAAUCGCCGAGGGUAUCUACGGCAGUACCUUCCUGUACCUGAAGUUCCUGGUGGUGUGGGCGCUGGUGCUGCUGGCCGACUUUGUGUUGGAGUUCAGGUUUGAGUACCUCUGGCCCUUCUGGCUGUUCAUCAGGAGCGUAUAUGACUCCUUCAGAUACCAGGGCCUGGCUUUCUCAGUGUUCUUUGUGUGUGUGGCGUUUACAUCAGAUAUCAUAUGCCUGCUCUUCAUCCCUGUGCAGUGGCUGUUCUUUGCUGCCAGCACAUAUGUGUGGGUGCAGUAUGUCUGGCACACAGAAAGGGGGGUCUGUCUCCCCACCGUGUCGCUAUGGAUACUCUUUGUUUAUAUUGAGGCAGCUAUAAGAUUCAAAGAUCUGAAAGACUUCCAUGUGGAUCUGUGUCGUCCCUUCGCAGCACACUGUAUUGGGUACCCAGUGGUGACGCUGGGCUUUGGCUUCAAAAGCUAUGUGAGCUAUAAGAUGCGCCUGCGGAAGCAGAAGGAGGUGCAGAAGGAGAACGAGUUCUACAUGCAGCUCCUCCAGCAGGCCCUGCCACCAGAACAACAGAUGCUGCAGAAACAGGAGAGAGAGGCAGAGGAAGCUGCUGCAGCCAAAGGCAUCCACGACACUGACUCCCCUCCGGUAGCCCAGAACGGCUCAGCCGGCGGUAAGAAACCCGCGUCCAAUUCGUUACCGGAGCUGGAGUACCGAGAGAAAGAGCGAGGCAAGGGCGAGGGCCGGGAGUCCAAGAAACAACACAACCAGAACCAGAACCAUCACAGCAGCAGCAGCAGCAUCCUGCCUGUUGUGGACUAUAAAGCACAGGAGCUGGAGUACAUGGAGAAUCACGUGAGCAGUAAGAGACUGAGCAGCUCCGAGCUGCUGGGCAGCACAGAGAAUCUGCUCCUGAAAGAGGACAACUCUUCAUCCUCAUGCUCAUCAUCCUCUUCUAACUCCACCUCCUCAAAAAAUUACAAAAACGCCAGUGGGGGAGGCGGAGCUGGGGGAAACUCAUCGCCCCGCGGACACGGGACCGCCAACGGCAGCGUGCCCUCCUCCUCCAGUGGGCCGUCAUCAUCCUCUUCCUCAGGCAAGGGGGAGAAGAAGCAGAAGUGUGGGGGGAAAGGAGCAGGGUCACAUCGAGAUCCUGUGGAGAACUGCAUCCCCAAUAACCAGCUCAGCAAGCCUGAGGCGCUGGUCAGGCUGGAGCAGGACGUAAAGAAGCUGAAGGCGGACCUGCAGGCGAGCAGACAGACAGAGCAGGACUUGCGCAGCCAGCUGGGCUCCCUGGGCAGCUCCGAGCGCAGCGUACGCUCUGAGCUCAGCCAGCUCCGCCAGGAGAAUGAACUUCUGCAAAACAAGCUCCAUAAUGCUGUGCAAGCAAAGCAAAAGGAUAAACAGACAUUGGGACAGUUGGAAAAGCGUCUAAAGGCAGAGCAAGAGGCGCGAGCAGCAGCAGAGAGGCAGCUGGCAGAAGAGAAAAAGCGUAAGAAAUUGGAGGAGGCCACAGCAGCCAGGGCUGUAGCUCUGGCUGCCGCUUCCAGAGGGGAGUGUACAGAGUCUCUGAGGAGGAGGAUCUCUGAACUCGAGACUGAGUGUAAGAAACUUGCACUGGACAUAAAAGUCAAAGAGGAUCAGAUCCGUGACCUCGAGCUCAAAGUCCAGGAGCUGCAUAAAUAUAAGGAAAAUGAAAAGGACACAGAGGUGUUGAUGUCAGCCUUGUCAGCGAUGCAGGAUAAAACCCAGCACUUGGAGAACAGUCUGAGUGCUGAGACCAGGAUCAAGCUGGACCUCUUUUCUGCUCUCGGAGAUGCCAAGAGACAGCUGGAGAUCGCACAAGGUCAGAUCCUGCAGAAAGACCAAGAGAUAAAAGACCUGAAACAGAAGAUCGCCGAGGUGAUGGCUGUCAUGCCCAGUAUCGCUUAUUCAGCAGAUACCAGCAACAUGAACCCGGUCACCCCUCACUACUCCUCGAAGUUUAUGGACACCAGCCCCUCUGGCCUGGACCCCAACGCGUCCGUCUACCAGCCCCUCAAAAAAUGAAUGCGCGCUCCAGCUCACAACUCACCAUCCAUCUCUCUCUCUCUCUCUCUCUCUCUCUCUCUCUUCUCUCUCUCUUUCUCUCUCUUUCUCCCUCCCUCCCUCCCUCUCUUUCUUGCUCUCUCUUUUUCUCUGUGAUCAGUUUGUUUCUCUUCAUAGGCCCAGAUCUUCUUCAGCA